AUGGCGCAGGAUAUUCGAGGGAACAGAGAAGCGUUCGUCCGCAUUGGGCAUAAUACUUGCAAGUUGGUACAUGCGGUACUGCAAGAGUGCAUGGCUGCUGUGGACAAGCGGGGAAGCGUGUCGCACCAAACCCAGAUGAAUAUCGCGGAUCUCGCAAAAAACUUACAGGAGAUCGAGGUGUGCGUUUUGAGGAUCCAGCAACGGGGCUUACUCUCGAGGUGGCUUAAUUACGGGAAGGACAAGGAAGAAGUAGAGUGGUGUGAAGAUAGGCUACGCUACGCGUGUGAACUCUUCAGGUUACGCGCGGAUAUGGCGAUCCUGGAGGACGUGCAAUACUUACUGCAAGCUCGCCGCGCUGCCAAUGGUGAAGAAUGA